AUGAUUGCUGCAAAGGAGGGUGGCGGGUCAUCCAGUGACGACGCCGUCAUGGGAUACGGUGGCGGACCACCGGAUGACGGUGUUGCCUCAAGAGGUGGUGGAAGGCCACCAGAUGAUGAUGUUGGUUCAAGAGACAGUGGUAGGCCACCAGAUGAUGGUGCUGCUUCAAGAGAUGGAGGCGGGCCGCUAGAGGAUGGCGCUGCUUCAAGAGAUGGUGGUGGGCCGCCGGGGGAUGGCGCUGCUGGAGUGUUGGUUGGUUCCAACGUCGUCAUCGGGUGUAUCGGGCUAUAUGGUUGUUCUGAUGCCUCACCUGUCAUCUUAUUCGUCAUGUGUGGUUAG